AUGGCCGUUUUUCAAAACGGGGCUUUGGGCAAAAACGUGUGGACGAAGCUGACCUUUCUCAAAGGAUCCCAGGUGCCUUUCUCCGAGCGCAAAAAUGAUGCUCUCGAGAAUCUCCUCGACUCCCUGGACAUUGCAGGGCACUUCAUGAUCCCCGAGGUUUGCCUCUGCUUCAACUCGACCCUGUUUCGGGGCAACCGAACCACAAAAGUAUCAGCAAGCGCAUUCGAUGCAUUUGCAUCUCCGAACUUUCCUCCAUUGGCCAAAAUCACUGCCGUAGGUACCCACGUUGAAUGGAAUGCGGUCAAAAGAUCGACCUCUCUGGAACCCUUCAGCAUUCAACCAGACCUCGAGAUACACCAUGUGGCCUGUUUGCGCAUUUUCCCAGGCAUCAAACCGAAGAUGGUAGAGGCGGUUCUGUGGACGGAAGGCCUUCGUGGGCUUGUCCUCGAGACGUUUGGUGCAGGCAAUGCACCCAGUGGACACGACAACAAAUUGACCCAGGUCAUAUCUGACGCUGUUCAACGUGGCAUUGUGAUCGUGAACGUCACUCAAUGUCUGACUGGCAGUGUCAACCCACUCUAUGCACCCGGAAUGGUCCUUGGCCGAGCUGGCGUUGUUGCCGGAGGGGACAUGACAAGUGAAGCCGCUUUGACCAAACUGUCUUACCUUCUUGCCCUUCCAGGAGCAUCGCCAGAAUCGGUGGCUAAAGACAUGGCAACGUCAAUUCGUGGUGAGCUCUCGGAGCACGCGGGGACCAUUUUUAAACAUCCGACGGGCGAGUUAUCAUCCCCCGUCACUCAGCUUACAGCCAUUGCAUACGCAAUCGCCAGUGGAGAUAUUGAGAAGGUGAAGGACCUCCUUCGAAAUGACAAUCAACUGAUCAACCGGGCCGACUACUCCGGGAACACACCCGUCCAUCUUGCGGCAACUGGGCCUAAUAUUGCGAUCCUCCGGCAUCUUCUCUCGCUGGGUGCCUCGGUGCACAUACGCAACCACACCGGAUCGGGCAGGACACCUCUUUUCCUGGCUGCCAACGCUGGUUUAUUGCCGCACGUAAUGCUUUUAAGACAGGCAGGCGGACAUCUCCAUGCCGAAGAAUUGGAGACGGCCAGACUCCACGCGAGCCAACGACCAGAGGUGUGGAAGCAGACAGGCCUGGGGGUGCCCUAA